ACGAAGAAGUUGGAAUGGAAGAAGAUAUUUCAUCGAAUAAACAACCAACUACUCAAUCUAAUACUGGAGAAAUGACAAGGCCAAAUAAUUUUCAAAGAAUAGCCCAAAAGAAGUUGCUAGUCAAAAGCUUUCCAAGAAACAAAAAAUUAGAGAAAUUAGCUGUGUAUUCAUCUUGCAAAUUUGAGGGCUGCAAGUGCAAUGGGUGGAAGAAUCCAAACCCCCCACCAGCACCUCCUCGUGUCGAUGUUUCUCAGCCUCUAGCAAGUCUCACAGAUCCAUGUCGUAGCUGUUCACAUGCUCUUGGUACACAUGUGUCCCAUCUGGAGAGCACGGAUGAGGAGGAGCUGAACCGGUUGCUGCGCAUCGUGGUGGAUGUUGAGAAUCUCUUUCUGUGUGUGCACCGUGAGGAGGAUGCUGAGACCAAGCAAGUCUACUUCUACCUGUUCAGGCUUUUACGGAAGUGUAUUCUCAACAUGAGCAUCCCUAACAUUGAGGGUCCUCUGGGAAACCCGCCUUUUGAAAAGCCAAGCAUAGCCAAGGGUGUGACUAACUUUGUCAUGUACAAAUUUGGUCACCUGCAUCAGAAGGAGUGGCAGACAAUGUAUGAUUUGGCCAAAAUGUUUCUUCACUGUCUGAAUCACUGGAAACUGGAAACACCGGCCAGUCGAGCACAGCACACCGGCACGGAUGACAUGAAUGCUUACAAGGUGAAUUACACGCGGUGGUUGUGUUACUGUCACGUACCCGCUUUCUGUGAUAGUCUGCCAAGAUACGAGACCACAUUGAUAUUCGGACGGACACUGCUGCGCUCUGUGUUUCAAACUAUGAGGAAACAACUCCUCGACAAGUUCCGAGCCGAGAAGGAGAAGAUGCCUCCGGACAAACGAACACUUGUUCUCACUCAUUUCCCAAGGUUUUUAUCGAUGUUAGAAGAGGAAGUUUAUGGUACCAGCUCUCCAAUAUGGGACCCAGAAUUUUCUCAGAAUCCAGCCAACAUUCCCAUGUCACCAACACAAGGAUCUGCUCCAGGCAUGAGUGGAUUGAACCGGUUCAUGACCUUGACCCCGUCUUCAGCUUCGUCUGGUGAUGGCUUCACGUCCAUCAAUAUCAGUCCAGGAUUCCCUACCAGGAGGCCGUCCAAGUCUUCAGAGCUUGCUGCUAGUACUGGUGAGAAAAGGAAGGUAGAAGAAGGAAUAUUCCUUGAAGACAUCAAAAGGAAGAAAGUUGAAGGAGAUGUUACUGCUGAUUUUGUCACUGAGAUUGUCUCCACAAUGACAGUGUUAGACCCGAGUGCUAUGGUUGGUCCAGAGGUAUCACUGUAUUCUCACCCUGGGGCGCGGGACGAGGCAGCUCGACAGGAGGAGUUGAAAGGUGUGAUAGAGUUCCACGUCAUCUCCAACUCCCUGCGAGAGAAGCCAUCCCGACAACUCUACAUGUGGCUCAUUGGUAUCCAGAAUGUCUUCUCACAUCAGCUACCCAGGAUGCCGAAGGAGUACAUCACCAGACUAGUCUUCGAUCCGAAGCACAAAUGUCUGUCAUUAGUUAAAGACAAGAAAGUGAUUGGUGGGAUUUGCUUUAGGAUGUUUCCAACUCAAGGGUUCACUGAAAUUGUAUUCUGUGCUGUGACGUCAAAUGAACAAGUCAAGGGUUAUGGGACUCACAUGAUGAACCACCUCAAAGAUUACCACAUAAGACAUAGCAUAUUUCACUUCCUCACAUUUGCUGAUGAGUACGCCAUUGGAUACUUCAAGAAACAGGGUUUUUCAAAGGAAAUCAAACUACCCAAGUCAGCCUACCUCGGUUAUAUCAAAGACUAUGAAGGUGCAACAUUAAUGGGCUGCGAGCUGAACCCACGGAUAAAAUACACAGAGUUCUCUCAAAUCAUUGGCAAACAGAAACAGAUUAUCAAGGAGUUAAUAAAGAGGAAACAGGAACAGCUGCAAAAAGUCUACCCAGGCUUAUCUUGUUUCAAAGAUGGUGUGCGACAAAUACCAGUUGAAAGUAUUCCUGGAGUCACAGAAGCAGGGUGGAAACCAAGCCCAGAGAAAGAAAAAAGCAAGGAGGCGUUUCAAGAUCCUGACCAAUUAUAUAACACCUUGAAGACCAUUCUUCAGCAAGUUAAGAAUCAUCAAAGUGCUUGGCCAUUCCAAAGACCCGUCGACAAAUCUGAGGCACCAGACUACUAUGAUCACAUCAAAUUUCCAAUGGAUCUCAAGACAAUGGGAGAGAGACUGAAGAACAGGUAUUACUGCCAUAAACGAUUGUUUAUCGCAGACAUGAACCGAAUUUUCACAAACUGUCGGUCAUACAAUGACCCGGACACUGAAUACUACAAGUGUGCUAAUUCUUUCGAAAAGGUCUUCAAUACAAAACUCAAAGAAAUGGGACUAGUUGACAAAUGAAAGGUUGAAGUGUUAUAUGGACAGUUGGCUCUUUAGCCGAUAAAGAUUACCGAUAGCCAUGACAGGCUAACUGGCAAUACUAUGUCAAAGAAGUGUUGAGAACUUAAAGCAUAUUGCUUUUCCGGCAUGAGACCAGAUGAGCCAUUCAGCUAAUGGGCCAGAGAUUGUUUUAGUUGUAGAAUAUAGCUUUGCCAUCAUGAGACGAAGAUGAGAAAUUCAGUGUGGACAGCUAAUGGGCCAGAGAAGGUUUGGAGGAUAGAAUUAGGUUUUCCAGCAUGAGAAAAGAUAAGCCAUUCAGUUAGGACAGCUAAUGGGCCAGAGAAAUUUUGGAUGAUCAAAUUAGGUUUUCCAGCAUGAGAAAAGAUGAGCCAUUCAGUUUGGACAGCUAAUGGGCCAGAGAAUUUCUGGAUGAUAGAAUUAGGUUUUUCAGCAUGAGAAAAGAUGAGUCAUUCAGUUUGGACAGCUAAAGGGCCAGAGAAGUUUUGGAUGAUAGAAUUAGGUUUUUCAGCAUUAAAAAAGAUGAGCCAUUCAGUUUGGACAGCUAAUGGGCCAGAGAAGUUUUGGAUGAUAGAAUUAGGUUUUUCAGCAUUAAAAAAGAUGAGCCAUUCAGUUUGGACAGCUAAUGGGCC